AUGAAGAUGGGUAACCCUACGCUAUCCAACAAUAAGCUAGUUCCUUUGGCAAUCAUGGACUCUAUUACUCUGAACUACAGUUUCUCCUACUUGCCUCCCGACCAGGCCGAGUCCUCCGGGAAAGUGGAGGACGAUACUAACUUUUACCAGUCACCGCUUUUCGGGAGACUACUGAACCAAGCUCUCCAAAAAUUUAUAGGAGGACAGAUGGUGAGACUUUUACCUCUCGUAUUUGGACCAUGGAAGGAGAUUGUUGCCAACGAGAUGGAAAUGUGUCAGCAUAUUGGACGACAUCUCCAUCACUUAUUGCAUCGUUCCUCGGUCGGGAUUGGAGCCUUCCAACGGCGGGCAAUAAGUCAAAUUGAGGCUGUGAAAAAGAGAUUCGAAGAACAACUCAAGCUCACCCGUCAAUCGGAGCGCCAGCUUGAUCUCGAUCAUGGUUCCCAUCACUCUGAGGACGACAUAAAGCAAAUUCUAGGCUUUGCCACUCAUUUAAUUCUGAAUGGCAAAAAGCGUUCAAGGAAGCCGUUCAAGCUCUUAGAGGCACCUAUACCACCUUUGGCGCACAUCAUUGACGUUUCGACUGGUCUUGAUACUCUUACUCUCCAAAAUGGAACAGGACACUUGACGCCUAUGACAGACCAGAAACAUGACCACCAACACAAGAAAGAGGAGGAAAGUCAAAUUCAUGGCGAUCAACGAGAGAUGGAUGCAGAUUUAUUGUAUUCACGAGUAUGGGAAGAGCAUGACCAUUCCACUUUGGUGCACCCUGAGCUUGAGUUCGAUACGGAUUUACUUCCUAUGGAUGAUUUACUGGAGUUGGAUUAUCCACCACAGAUAGGUAAGGUGGAAUGGAAGAAUGGAGGGCCAGACGAAAAAGUUGAAGGAGACGAAGACUUGGAUGCAAGCGAUAUCGACCUUACAGACAGUAUAGGUGUUUGUGAAGAUCUACUUGAUGCUUCCGAAUGCGGCGAAUCAAACCCUCUUCCGACUUCUUUGUGGUCUUGCGGUUCAAGCUUCCACCGGAUAAAUUACGACUCUCCCCUUACCUCACCUCUGGAUCUUUUGGAUGUGGAUGCGCACAAGACCAGGAACAACGAUAGUGACUAUAGUGAUGGUAGUUACGGAGGAAAAUCAGAAAUUGGUAAUGACGAGACGUUUCCUUCGAUUGAUGACUUCGACGGUCAUCUAAGGGCCUUAUCGACACCUGGCAUUCCUCCGGUCGUUCAGGCGAUUGCUGACGUUCGCCCUCUCGACGUUGGAAGAAUUGAACCAGGAGAAUCUGUAGACGUUUCCGUCUUGCUCCAACCAAUGAAGGAGGACCCACCGUUGUCUUUCAAAUGCAAAGACAAGUUUCUUGUCCAAAGCACGAUCAUCACCCCAGAAAAAGAAAAUCUGGCCUCAAAUGAUCUGUGGACAAGUAUUCCCGGAGAUGAGGGAACCAGAGUCCAUCAACAAAAGCUAAAGGUUGUUUAUUUGCCCGCACAAGGAACCCUUCCUGAGGAAGAUGAGGGUGACCAAGCACACCAGUCGAGCAUGAUCUCUGAAGGUGAAUCUGGAAUGCGACACUAUGAUACGGUCCGGCAACAUCCCAGCAGCAAUGGCCACUCUCUUGGAGAUAAUAUUACAGGGAUCCCCGUAUUUGACAAUCCCCCAAGAGCGCACACGCCAGAUCAUGCAGAUUACCUGCACGCACACGAAGAGGCGCAUGAUUCAGCGCCUGAACCAAUCCCAAGCCCUGCCGCCUCUCCUAUCAAGCCAUCUUAUAACGCAAAUGUCGGUGUUGGCAGUGUUUCUGCCAAUCCUAAUGUUUCAUACGAUCACACCGGCGAAUAUGCAGCUAAACUUGCUGAAGCCAAUGCAGAAAUCAGUCGGUUGCAAGCCUUACUUGCCAAUAGCAAUACUAUGGCUGCCCGACGACGAACUGUGUUCAGCGACGAUGGAACUAGUGUUCAAGAUGCUAUGACCGAUGGCGGGCUCGAUGACGGUGCCAGUGUUAUUGGGACUGCCGUCAGGCCUGAUGGAGUUCCACUUAACGUGGUCGCUGUACUUAGCGUCUUGGUCUUCGUGUCCAAUCACCGAGUCCGAGUUCCGGGCAAUGGCACCCAAUCAGCGGAGUUUAAAUUCACUUCCUCCUGUCUUAUUUCAACCGAGUGGCGACGAUCCCAUUUCCAGAUAAUAAUGAGCGAGGAUGGGCUGGCUUUCCUCAAUUCAACCUCUGGAGAAAUAGCAUUCUUUAGGGGUCUUUGUGAUGCGCGUCCGGUUGGCAUUCACAGAGAAUUUAACAUGAUGGCAGUCGCCGCUUAUAUCAAGUCAGCGACAGGUCGCCGUAUCUCUGUUGACGAUCUCUGGGCUAAAUUCAAGACUUGUUAUAAUAUAGAGCGAUUAGAGAGCUAUGAACGUCCAGGCUAUUUCUCCCAUGAAAGCGACUCUAGUUUAUCGUCUUCAGAGGAUGGGAUGGACUUGGAAGAUCAAGAAAACGAGUCGGUUGCCCCUACUUCUCCUGUUAAAACCCGUUCAUCCCAUAAACCACUCAAAGGAAAGGACCAACAAAGGACAGAAGAAGAUCAAGAGCAGUAUCCAUUCUUUCGACGAGAAUUCGAACUACCUGUUGGGCCAGGUUGGCCUCCCUUGGCUGCUACUAUGGGCUCCGUGAUUGUCACAAGCAAGAGAAGAGAAUCAGGUUCAGCAGCUGGUGGUCAACCUGGGCAUGGGAGAAAAGAAUCCGUUGCCACAAGCAGAACCACGAGGGGUCAGACGCAGGCUGCCACGAGCAGUAGUACUACCAAACCUGGCCUUGGAAAGAGCGCUGUGGAAGAAUCGGAUAGUGACCUAACAAAUGUAACUGAAACUGCACAGACGAGGAGUGUCGCUGACGGGGACGAGCAUGCUUCUGGAACGCGGCGUUCGACCCGACAUACUAGGACAGCUACAAAAGAUACUGUGUCUCUCACAAAAGGUACAACAAAGAAGAAACGCGG